AUGUCGACCUCACGGGCACUUAACGAUGAAGAAGUUCUCAAUGAAAUGAACAAAAUGGUCGCCUUUAUAAAACAAGAGGCCAUUGAAAAGGCCCGUGAGAUCCAAGUGAAGGCCGAUGAAGAAUUUAACAUCGAAAAGACCAAACUUGUCCGUCAGGAAUCCAUCAACAUCGAAGCCAACUUUCAAAGGAAAAUCAAGCAGGCCGAAGUUCAAAGGAAAAUGUAUGCACGGUGGAACGAGUUUCGUCUUGUAGCGUUGGUUUAUAACGUUAUUACUGUUGUUAAUAUCAAAUCAUCUCCAACAACGUGUAGUACUCAGUCAAACUAUAUUAAUAAGUCGCGUCUCAAGAUUCUCCAGGCGCGUCAACAAUCGCUCGAUGAACUUUUUAACGAGGCUAGGAUUCAACUUAAAAAGGUUUCGCAGGACACAGAUCGAUACCGUGAUUUGUUGAAAGAUUUGAUAUUGCAAACUCUAUAUCAAUUAAUGGAUGAACAUGUAACGGUCAUCGUUAGAAAAUCAGACCUGCAAUUGGCAGAAGCUGCUGUUCAAGCUGCGCAUAAAAAUUUCACGGAUACCACCAAAUUGCCCCUCAAGAUUGAGAUCGACAAAGAGAAUUUCUUACCUGAUAGCAGCGCCGGAGGUGUUAUCUUGACAUCUUAUUUUGGUCGGAUAAAGAUCAACAAUACGCUUGAAGAGAGACUAAAAUUGGCUCAGGAAGAGAUGCUUCCUGAAAUCCGAGUCACCCUCUUUGGCCAUUCUCCAAAUAGAAAAUUCUUCAACUAA